AUGGUAUAUGAUAAACGGCGGUACCAACAACAACAAGGCCAGUGUCAAAUUAACAGACUCAAUCCACAAGAGCCAUCUUUUAGAUUGCAAGCUAAAGUUGGAGUUACUGAGGUUUUUGACCCAAACAAUCAACAAUUUCAGUGUGUUGGAUUUUCACUAUUUCGACAUAUUAUUCCUUCUAGAGGCCUUCUCUUGCCUUCUUACACCAAUUCUCCACUCCUCGCCUAUGUUGUUCAAGGAUUUUAUGGCAUAAUGAACUCGGGUUACCCCGAGACAUUCCAAUCAUCUCAACAAACUCGACGGGGAAUUAGAAGCAGAAGAUUUCAAGGUCGCCAUCAAAGGAUUGAACAAUUCAGACGAGGUGAUAUAAUGGCAUUUCCAGCAGGCGCUGCACAUUGGGUAUAUAAUCAAGGAAAUCAAGAAGUUGUUCUUGAAGAUGCCUCUAACAGUGCCAACCAAUUAGACCAAAACGCACGGAGGUUCUUUAUUGUUGGAAACCCGCAACAAGGACGACAACAACAACAAGGGAGGCGAUACCGUGGCCCCGUGAGAAGGGAGCAAUGUCAAUCUGGCAAUGUUUUCAGUGGCUGUGACGUAGAAAUUCUAUCAACACCAUUUGGUGUUGACGGGGAAAGGGCGAGGAAGCUACAAGGACAAGAUGACAUGAGAGGUCACAUUGUUAGUGUUCAAGAAGGACUUAUUAGCGUAAUUAGGCCACCAUUUUCACAAGAACAAGAGGAAGAACAACAAGAGCAAGGACAAUAUGGUCCUAUGAAUGGAAUUGAAGAGACAAUUUGUAGUGCUAAGGUUAGAGAGAACAUCGACAUUUCCUCUCGUGUUGAUAUUUACGCAAGGCGUUUUAGCACCGUAAAUAGUUUCACUCUGCCAAUUCUCAAGAAAAAGGCUUAUUAG